GACAGAAUCGAGAGGUUGACGGGUUUUCUCACAAUAUUGUUUAAUAAUAAUAAUAAUAAUAGCUGAGUUAUGUCGGACAUUAAUCUAACCGGUGUCAAACAGAGUCAGGGCGUGUGGCUUGUAAAGGUUCCCAAAUAUUUAUCUCAGCAAUGGGACAAGGCCACAGACAAGGGAGAGGUUGGAAAGAUUAGCAUUGGGAAGAAGCAAGGCAAAACAGAGGUACGUUUCACUCUGAAUGAGGAGCUGACUACCCUGGGUGCUGUGGGGGAGAAGGAUGCCUCGCUGCAGGUCCCAAGGGAUCAUCCCUUCACGAUGCACACAGUGGGUGGACAGACCAUGGCUGUCUUCAGCCAGAGUGACACAGAUGAAAUCAGUCUGGAGGGGAUGGUGGUGCACAGAGCUGAAUGCAGGCCGGUCGUCAAUGACAACUACAUGAAGCUGAAGAAGCAGCAGAUCAAAGAAUCCACCAAGUCUCCACGUUUGUCGCAGCAGCUGGAGAAAGCCAUCACUACCGUCUUCAAGCCUGUGGCCAACCACGACUUUAAUUUGGUGUACGAAAUAAAGAAGAAGUCACAGGGCAAGAUGGUGAGAGCUGAGCGGCAGGUCGUGUUGGACAUGCUCUUCUCCGCCUUUGAGAAACACCAGUAUUACAACAUUAAGGACUUGGUGGACAUCACCAAACAACCUGUGUCCUACCUGAAAGAAAUCAUGAAGGACAUUGGGACGUACAACAACAAGGGAGCUCACAAAAGCACCUGGGAACUGAAGCCGGAGUACCGACACUACCAGUCUGGCGAGGAAGAGGAGGAGAUGCAGACGUCGUAGUUCCAGCGAGUUCCUCUGAGCCUGGCGAGGAUACAGCUCCGAGCUUUCAGCUGCUCGCAGGGGAGUUCAGGUUUUUCACUGACUUGUAGAAAACCUGCUGUUUAUUACAUAUGCAGGUAUUAUGUGAUGGUUUUGAGUUCAUAAGGUUUAAGUUGAUAUUAUUAUUAUUAUUAUUAUUGGGUUGAAAGGUCUGCUCUGCAUUAGGUAGCACAUCACAUAAAUAAACAGACAUGUUGUUCACAGUGAAUGAUUCAAAUCUGUUCUUUUUGGACGUUGAGGAAUAAAAAUAUGUCUGGAAGUGGAAAAAAAAACAUGAAAUAAAUCUAAAAUGCAAAA